CAGUGUAUGACGAGAGGUUACUGACAGCUGCAGACAAUUUCAUUGCGGCUGCCUUCAAACUGCCUAGAGCUUCUGGAUGUUUCCCUUCAUGUGGUUUUCAGGCAUCUGGUCAUGUCUACAACUGUAUCACCUGUCAGUAUGACUCCUGUGAGUUCCCACUUGACUGUCCAGUAAAGAACAUCACAGUCAUGGAGAACAACCGGACACAGACGAGGUGUGACGUCCCCUUUCCCCUGCCUUAUGAAAUGGAAGUGGUCUGGUUUGCAGAGGAGAUCAGGACCCAGCAGGUGGAUCAGUUUGAGGAGGUGACAGUAGGGAUAGACAGGCUCUACUCUAUCCCCUCAGCUGGUCUGCGACACCAGGGUACAUACCAGUGUGAGAUCUACUCUGACCAGCGCUCCUUAGUCAGACUCUACUACCACCUCAUAGUGUCCCAGCUCACAUACACAGAGCUGUAG